CCAUGAGACUAGUUUUUAAAAUAAACAAAAAUAGAUAGUAACUUACUGAACAGAUAUUUGUACAACCUAGUAUCAUGCCGUACAGCAAGGAAAUUGGCACUGAUGCCCAGCCAAAGGAGGAAAAUGUUAAAUUAACACAUUGCGAAAGCGCCACCCUGAAGGAUAUUUUGCAGACCCGUCUUAUCGAAUGCGGCUGGCGUAGACAAAUUGAGCAAUUUAUUCGUGAAAAAAUUGCAGAGCGCGGAAAUCAGACUAUAACAAGUGAGGAACUGGCAGCCGAGAUUGUGCCUCAAGCCCGCGCCAUGGUACCAGAGGACGUUCGCAACGAGAUGAUGAUACGCGUGCGUGAAGCCCUGGAGUCGUCGUUGACACGAAAGUAAAGGACCCCCAACCCAAUCAAUGGUGAAAUUAUUCGCAUAAUCUUAAAUUCUAGCACAUGUGUGUUUCUUGGUUUAUUAUCUCGUAUUUAAGUAGAUAUUUACAUGCUUA